AUGGAAUCUACAACGAAGGAGCUAGUCGGCCAGUCUGGCCGUCAUUAUCACAUCGAACGAGUCCUCCAAGAGAAAGAGUUCCCUAAUGGAAUUUCGCCACUGCGCGUCUACAUUGCUUCCGCCGAGAAUCAAAAAUUCGUAUUGAAGAAUCUUUUCGCAGAAGACAUCAACGGCUGUAUGGAUAUGUAUCGAUCUCUACGCAGCUGUCCGUAUCUACGCCUAUCACACGAUAUCAUACCCGAAGAAGCAACACUUGUGUACCACUAUUUUACCGAUCAUCUCCUAAGUCUCGCCCAGAAAGAUCUACCUCUUGCCGUCACGAAACGAAUCCUCAAAGAUACACUGCGGGGGCUGGCAGCGUUACAUGAUCAAAACAUCGUUCACACGGAUAUCAAGGCGAAUAAUAUAUUCAUCGACCGGGAGAAUGACUCGGAGGAGAUAGUUAUUCGGCGGGUCCAGCUCGGCGAUCUUGAAGACGCUGCCCAUGUUCCUCCUGGAUCCCACAUUAUCGGUACACAAGUGGGGAACUACAUGUGGCGUAGCCCAGAAGCCCACUCCGAAGCUGGCCUUGGCAAGCCCUCAGAUAUGUUCUCUUUCGGUGUUGUGUGUAUUUAUGCCGUCACAAAGCGGGUAAUUUUCGCCGUUGACGAGGAAGAGCUGGACAACGACCUGGAGCCACUAUCUAUCGUUAUUGAGCGUCAGAUAUCUUAUUUUGCAGAGGAAGACACACUAGCUGCGUUUCUUAGGUACCUUGGCGACAAUCGUUGGCGUGUAGUAUUCGAAGCUCUUCGAGAUGGGUUCAAUAAGGAGAAUCCCCGUAAGCCGUUUUCUUCAUGGAAGAAUUAUGCUGGCAUCGACGCAGAUUUCAAAGACCUCAUUAGUGGGCUAACAAAUUUCGAUCCAGCGAGGAGGAUCACUGCGCACGAGGCCUUAGAGCAUAGGUGGUUCAAGGAUCUCUGA